AUGAGCGGUCACGCGAGAGCCUUAUUAGCAGAUCUCGGUAAAGGCGUGAAAGUGGAAACCGGAGAAAUCAUUUUCAUCUGCUUCGGCGUUAUUUUAUUCGUCGGCAUAAUGAUCGGCGUCGGAUGUUGCUUAGCCGAUGCCGCUCAACACAGACGAAGGAAAUUGACCUUCCCGGGCGCGGAAGAUUACGUCUCGCACGGACGCAUGUCGGUGAGAAAAUGGAUCAAAACAAUCAGUGCACCAGAUAUGAUUGCAGAGCAAUACGAUAUUGCCUACGCGGGAGGGGAAUUACCGAAAGAUCGGUACCAACGAUUAGCGUUGCCGAUGUACGCGGAUGGCGGGAAGAAGUUUGACGCGUGCGCGUUGCCGAAGAAGUGGCUGGCGCCGCUCGGCGCGCCGUUGCGUAAACUUUAUUUGUGUUUCUUUUGGAACGAUAUAUGUAAGGUUAUGUACAAGGAUUGCUAUUGGGGAACGAAAAGAUUGAGAGAUUGGAAUCAAGAAACGGAAGCGAACGAGGAAACGCCGGCGAGAUGGUUGGGCGAGUGCAAGCCGUGUUGCUACGCCGCGGAUUCGUUCAACUCGUGCGCGAACUGGAUGUGCUGCGGGUGCUGCGGGAUGGAGUGUAAAACGUUGCAAGAUUCGACGACGAACUGCGUCAAGUCGCUUGGGGAUCCGAACUGUUGCGUGAUUGAGGAUGGGAAGGUGACCGGAACACCAAACAUGCCGACGAUACCGUCGUGUAAGGUGAACAACUGUGGAGGUUGCGAGGGGUGCAAUGUGUCGUGCGCGAAACCAGAAGAAACAAUGAUAGCACCGGGGGAGAAUGAUUCUCCGGAAGCGCACGCGGCGUAUAACGCCUACUUGGAGAAAGCUGCGAAAGUGAAUUCGGAGAAGAAAGCGGCAGAGGCGAAGGAAAGAGCGAAGAAGGCUAUCCAAGCCGCUUCGAUGAAAGCGCAGAUGGAGGAGGAGAGAAGCUCGUAA